AAUGAGGUUACUACGGUAAAGUGUAAUCACAAUUUCCUAAUUAAUUCAGUAUUUCAGUGCAUUUACCAUGGAUUUCGAAAGUCCAGAUGUAGAGAAAGAUUUCCCAGGACUCUACGCCUCAGAAACUGGGCGUAAGAGUAAUGAAAGUGAUUUCAGUGAUGACCACGAAAAACCCAGCAAAAAAGACCUGUUGGGCCGCAGGAAAGACAAGAAAGAGAAAAAAGAUAGAGGCUAUGCUGCAUUAGAGGGAGAUAGUUCACCAGAAGAAGACACUGAUACCAAGAGCCCAUCCAAAAACAAGAAGACAAAGUCUUUUAAGUUCCCCACUAGCACUAAAAGCAAGGAGAAACGCGAGAAAUCCAGAGACAAAGAGAAGGUUGUUGACGAUGCCACCAAGCAGAAAGAAUUGACUGAGAAGGAGAAGAAAAAAGAAAAGGAAAGGGAGAAAGAGAGGGAGAGGGAGAAGAAAGAAAAAGAAAAGCGCGAGAAAUUGAGGGAAAAAGAUAAGGAAAAAGAAGAAAAAGCUAAGUUCAAGUUGGAAUCGAAAGAGAAACUCAAAGAUGAAAAACAAAGACAAGGAUAAAGUGAAAGAGAAGGAAAAGACAAAGUGAAGGAGAAGGACAAGGACAAAAAGGAUAAGAAACUCACGAAAGUGCCCUCCACUGUGACCUCGGGAGUGCCGUUCGAGGAAAUAUUUACUUUGGGAGUGGCGCUGCCAAUAUUCGGCGUUCCGCUGAGCCAGUCGGUGGAGCGAUCACGAUGCCACGACGACACCAGUCUUCCCUUGGUCGUACGAGACAGUAUCGACUACAUACAGUCUCACGGGAGCAAACGGUUGAAGUCCAACCAGAUCUACCGCUCGGAAGCCGAUAAGAUUAAACUGCAACAGCUUCGCAAGCUGUACACUGACCGCGAGGUGGCCUUCCCUUACCACUGGGAUAUACCCGUCGCCUGCGCUAUACUGAAGGCUUUUAUCAGCGAACUCCCAGAAUCGAUAUUAACACAAGAACUCCACGGACAGUUCGAGCAAGCGACGGCUAUCGCUGAGCCGCAGCGAGAAGCGACCAUGGUAGCGCUCAUCGCGAAGCUACCGCCACCGAAUCGAAGCAUGCUGGGCUGGCUCGUGAGACACUUUGAAAGCGUCGUCGCUAAUGAGCAGAGUAACAGUGUGAACAUCCAGACCAUAGCGACAGUUAUGGGCCCGGCGCUCAACAUGUCACUCAACUUGAUCACCUAUUUCAUCAACAAAGCCGAGAAACUCUUCUCUGACGUCACUUUACAAAAGCGGCGGAUUCACACAGCUCCGUUCGACUCGGCUACCGAAAUCAGCGCGGAGCUGCGCAAACAAGAAUCUCUCCUCAACCAGAUCCAUGCAGAAAUGCACGCCGGGUUUACAACUAAUGCGAGAGACCAGAGGCUACGGGAGGCGCAGCGGAUAGUCACACAACUCAAGAGAAAACUCCGAUCAAAGCAGAAAUCAGUGGAGCCAAAUUCACUGCAGCCACAACAACCAUCGAUCGACGAGAAGACCGAAGACUCCCCCGCUCCCGGCACCUCGCACGAGGCCGUCACGGAGCCCGAGCCGCUCACGCCGUCCGCCGCCGAAGCCUUCCCCGACGCCACCGACUCCCCUAACGCCCCCGAUCCCACAUUCCCCGUCGAAUUUGAAGACAAUUUCGAUGCCAAGUUCCAAGACGCUAAGGAACCACAUAGAGUUAUCCCGAACAAAAACGAAUUCGAAGUAAAGUUUGAAGAGAAAUUCGACGAUAAAGAGCCACCAAAAGAACCGCCAAGAUUGGCUGCCAAUAAGAACGAAUUCGAUUUGAAAUUCGAAGACGCAAAACAAUCGCCGGCCGAUGAAGCUUUCCCCGAACCGGAGCAGGACAAACCGAAACUAACCGAAAAAGAACUAAAAGUAUUACGUCUAGAAUUAGAAAACGCAGAGUAUCUACAGUUAAAAUCAUUACUGCAAGCCAAAAUCAAUUCCGAACAGUUUGAAAUCGUUAAACUACGAAGCCAUGUGGCAUUGAAAAACAAACAGGAAGGCAAUUUGCACUGCAAUAAGGAAAACAAGGAAAACUAUACGCCCGAAGAGCAAGAAUUGAGACAGAGACUGAUCAAAGAAAACGCCAUGCUAGAACAGAAAAGACUGAGUUUGAUAAAUCAAAUAUUCCAAGAAAGAGUUGCUUGUAUACAACUUAAAAUUGAACUUGCUAUGAAAGAAAUAUUAUCCAAAUCGUAAAAUUUCCAUACAUUAUGUAUCCUUAUUUAUAAGCUUACAGUAGGUGUUCCUAGUGCAGAGAUUUGAUUGUGUACCUCUCUAAUAAUUUAUAUCUCAAAUAAUAAUGUGAUGUUAGAUUGUAUGCGAAAUGUAUUUAAAAUAUAAAUAAAUGUUUAACAUAUUAUAACUUA